AUGGGCGCGCGGGUCCACCACCCCAGUGCUACACGGCGGUUCCCGGUCUGCCGCGCCGCCGCCGGCGGCCUCUCCUUCUCCCUCUUCCUCCUGAGCUCACGCGGGUGUUUAGGGUUCUUGGUUUUGUUCUUGCUUCUCUUCUUGGAUCCAGAGUAUAUUUCCAGUGCCAGCCCCAUGUCUCACGUCCCUGCCGCGCCCAGGACACACCGGCACGACGGCAAGAAAGGGCGGCGGCAGGAGGAGCAGCAGCGGCGAAAGGCUGUCGUUGUCGGAAACGCCGGUGGCCUCGUCAGCCCGGCUGGCUCGUCCCGCUACUUGCUGAGCGACCGCUUCGCCGCCACCGAGGAGAUCCAGGAGGUGGAGUCUGCCCCGGCCGUCGACGUCAAGCCCAAGCGGGAGGAAGUAGGUGAAGCUGCUGAUGCGAAGAGCGCGCAGGCGCAAGAGUAG